CUCAACUUUCCUUUCUAUCGGUGCUUCAGUCGCUGUGCGGCCGCGCGAGAGUUUGUUAACGAAAUGGUGCAAGGGCCGAGCCCGGUGGUGAAGCUGGGGGCGUGGGGCAGCGACGGCGGGGCUGCCCGCGACAUCGAUGUCGCCGCGGCGCCGCCGCACCGGCUGCAGAGCAUCGCCCUCCGCUGGGGCAAGGUCAUCGACUCCCUCGCCUUCACCUACACCGACAAGGACGGCCAGCCGCACGCCGCCGGGCCCUGGGGCGGCGCCGGGGGCGUGUCGGAAGACCUGAUCACCCUGGGGCCCUCGGAGUACGUGACGGAGGUCGGCUGGACGGUGGGCCCGUUCAAGCUCAAGGAGAUCGAGGCCUGCGUCACCUCGCUCAAGUUCGUGACCAACCUGGGGGCCACCUACGGCCCCUUCGGCAACGGGGACGGCACGCACCACAGCCUGCCCGUGCUCGACGCCGGCAGCGUCGUCGGCAUGUUCUGCCGCGCCGACGACUACCUCCAUGCCAUCGGCUUCUAUGUCCGACCCUUGGCCAUCGUCGAAUCCACCACGGCCUCGCCAGCCAAGCCUCAAGGGGAGAGUUUGCCUGCCCUAGCCAUCGAGGGAUAGGAGAGGAAAAGAUAAAAUAAAAGGCCAUUUGAAUGUUUGCGAUGUCGAGUCUCUGAAUUACAUUACAUGCACAUCAUGUGCAUGUAUCUAUCUCUGCGCUAGCUCCUCAUGUCAUUACACUAUCACUUCCUGUGUAAAGAAAUGUAAGAUCCUAUGGAAUCACAGAGAGAUAUUUUGCUGUUGAUUGCUACGAUUAUA